AUGGGCCAAAUUGGCUUCUUAUGCGCCCCUGUCCUUUCGAAUGUUACUAUAAUCAAUGAUAAAGGUCAAUUGGAAACAUCUCUGUAUCAUAAACCAACUGUUGAACUUUAUAUACUAGUCUAUGCAUCCGAUCAUUUACGACAUGUUCAUGGUAAUAGAUCAUAUGCUGCUUUACUGUGUGCCGCUCGUAUUUGUUCUGAUGUACAGGAUUUCAACUCAAAACGUAUUCGUAUUGAUAUGACACUGUUAAUAAAUAAUUUUCCAUUCAAUUUUAUAUCGAAACAAUUCUAUCAAUUCUUCAAAGGUAAUAAUGUCAUGCCUGUUCUGAACGAAUUAAAUGAUGAAGUUUAUCAUCGCUUGCAUCAACAAUUAUUGUAUCGACAUAUAUGA